CACAUGGGAGGUUGGAGAAGCCGGAGGUGAAGAUCAGAGGUUCAUUAACUUGCUGAAUAAAGUGAUUCCCACUUUACAGCUUUUGAGGGCUGAUGAAAAGGCUCACAGAGCAUGAAGGCGGAGACAAGAGGGCACAUAGACGGCACGGCUUGAAUGACGGACAUAGAUUCUCCGUGAUUGAAGACUGAUGAAGGAAAAAGAAAAAUGUAUUUAUAUGGCUGGAUGGACCAGUUGGUCGAUGCACGGAUAAGCUAUGUGGAAACUUGUUCUCCUUGUGAUUGCUUCCGUUCGUUAGGAUGACGGUAGAUAUAAGUCCUUCGGAAUUUAGAAGAUUGUGCAAAGAAAAUAGCUUUUGGGGUCACACCAGCGGCUGUGUCCCCGGCUAUGCCCAGGCAAAUGUUCUGGUUUUGCCAAAGGAGAUUGCAAACGAUUUUGCAGACUUGUGUGCCAGAAACCCUGUGGCUUGUCCGCUGAUUGCAAUGACGAAGCUGGGCUCCCCCAACAAAGUUGACAACCGAUUAGUAAUCGACGACGAAGACUUCGAUCUGAGAACUGAUCUGCCUAAAUACGGCGUGUACAAGCAGGGAAACUUGAUUAGAGAAGCAAGUUCUGUUGCAGACUGCUGGGAUCUCGACAGUCAUAUUGGAUUCCUCAUUGGCUGCUCUUUUUCCUUCGAGGCGGCUUUGAUCAGUGAAGGACUGGCGCCACGAAAUGUGCUGGAAAAGAGCAACGUGUCGAUGUAUCUCACAACGAAGAUGCUCAACCCGGCUGGUGUAUUCACCCGGUGUCCCUAUGUUGUGAGCAUGAGGCCAUACAAAGCUACAGACGUGGAGAAGGUCAGGUUGGUUACGAGAGAGUUCCGCAAGACUCACGGAGAACCCAUUGACUGGGGGUACGACGCUGUAGAGCGGUUGGGGAUUAAAGAUCUGUUGCUGCCGGAGUUUGGUAGCCCAUGUCGAAUUGAAGACGACGAAAUCCCCGUUUUUUGGGCUUGCGGCGUCACCACACAGGUUGCAGCUCAGCAGGCCGGCAAACAUUCUGCCAACGAUGAUUAUAUUUUCGCCCAUGUCCCGGGACACAUGCUUGUUCUGGAUAUCAAGGACUCGGAAAUUUGCUGUUUGUAGAUGGAAG